UCACUCUGUCACAUUGAGGUUUGAACUUCUCUCACACUGAGCUGGGAUCUGUGAACUCUUCUAUUGUUACUGUGUAACUGGGAUCGUGCAAUCUGUGCCCUGGACGGUGCUGGAAAGGUAUCAGAGGGACUUUGUCCUUGGAGCUGACACUCAGGAGCACGUUUCACCAAGGGUGCGUGUGUUGGUAACCCAUGGUGGUCGGACGCCCAGGCACACUCCUGGGGCAGCCAGAGCUUCCCCUUCGCCUGGAACCUGCCAAUCACAAAGCUAAAGCCAUGUCCCCCGAAAGAAAAGAAGAAAGCCUGUGGGAGCCUGCGGAGGAGGUGGAAGGGGACUCAACGUCUUCAGAGGGAGGGAGGAUCACCGACAGCACCGACGACGAGGAGACCAGCAGCACAGAGAGCGCUCAGCAUGCAGAGGCGGCGAGCGCUCAGGUCGAGCGGCGGCUGGAGGGCGAACAGACGAAAGUCAUGGGUAGAAUCUCCCAGCUGGAACAGGACAUCCGAGAGCUGCAGCUGCAGAGACGUGAGCUGAAAAUCGAGGUGGAGAUGGAGCGGGCUCUGUUGGAAGGAGAGUUGAGGACUGAGAAGAAGGAAAUAGAGAAGGAGGAAGAGAUGGUCCAUGUGUUGCAUGAACAGCUUAGAGAGACAGAGAAGAAGUGGCAGGAGGAGAGACAAAAGGAUAAGGUCCAGCUACAGUACGAGAAGAAGAAGGUGAAGGAGCUGGAGGAGAAGAUAGCGCAGUGUCACGCACAACUGGAAAAGCAGCCGGAGAGUUUACGGGAGCAGCUUAGGAAGCAGAUCCAAGAGAUGUCGGAGAUGAUGGAAAGUGCUGUGAAAUCCUUUGAAGACUUGGAGUUCCAGCAGUUGGAGAAAGAAAGCAGCCGGGAAGAGGAGAGAGAGGCCUCCUACAGACAGAUCACACAAAACCUAGCCAAACGGCAAAACGAGUUGAACAAACGGAAGGACAAAAUUCCGCGCUUGGAAGAGCAAAUACGCGGUGCGGAGGAACAGGCACAAGCUGAGAGAUUAAGGAUUAGCGAGGAGAACACACGAGUCUUCCAGUCUCUGAACAAGGAGAAGGACCGAUUGUUGGCUCUUGGCGCUUUGCAUGGGAAGGAUUCUGAGAAACAGGAAGAAAACGAGAGCAGCCACAGAAAGGGACUUCAGAGGACUUCCAGUCUGCCCAGAAGGAGUAGAAAUGCGACGUUUCUGCGGCAAUCUGACCGUCCAUUGUCACUCCACGGCAACACCUGUCUGGAGAGCGCUGGCCUUGCUCUGCACCUUGCCGUAUCCUCCAGCAGCUCCGGAGGUAAGAUAGCCCUCGCCAUCAGCCCCAAUCUCCAGUUGGCACGGACCCGCAAUCUGCAAGGAGAGGACAGAAGAUCCUGUGGAGGAAGACUUCAAAAUGGACAUCCCCGACUACCUCUGACAUACGGGCCAAUGCCUCAGUUAGCAGAGAUGGAACGCCAGCUACGUGAAGCUAUGGCAGAGAAAGAGCGCCUCCUGAAGGCCAGGGAAGAGAAGAGAGCAGCUAAAGAGAUGACCAAACGCCUGGAAGCAGAGCAGAGUCAUAUGAAAGAAGAAGCUCCUGUACCCGUCCCACCCAUGGUGCAACCGGCCGUCCUCGAGCCUGCUGUUGAGCUGGCACCUUUUGACUUGCGGUCAUAUCUGGAGGCCUCAGGACACAGCGUAGAGACGUGUCCUAACGUGAGGGUCAAUGCCAUGUGUUGUCGGGGCUACCUUGUGAAGAUGGGAGGACGCAUCAAAACAUGGAAGAAGAGAUGGUUCGUGUUUGACAGACAGAAGAGAAGGCUGGCAUAUUAUGCAGAUAAAGAAGAGCAAAAACUGAAAGGAGUAAUCUACUUCCAGGCCAUAGAAGAGGUGUAUUACGAUCACUUGCGAAGUGCUUCUAAGAGUCCACACCCCAAACUGACAUUUUGUCUGAAGACCUUCGAACGCCUCUUCUGCAUGGUAGCGCCAACCCCGGAAGCCAUGAGGAUCUGGAUGGACGUCAUGGUGACGGCCGCCGAGGAGAACCACCGCUACUGAGGCCUUUGUUUUGUGAUCGGUGCCAAUCGUUUUGGGGAAGAACGAAGGAGCCUGGGAAAGAAAUAGAGGAACACAAAAGCAUGAACACAGACGGGCUUGUGAAAAGAAGGAACUUGUGCGAGAAAUGUGACUGACAAAAGGGAAGAACAUUUUCUAAAACUUGUGACAGAAAAUCUGUGAAAUUUUAGCAGACAUUCCUCGGUGAAAAACUUUUUUUUUAACGCCUGUCUAUCCAAACAGAACAAUUCUUUUCAACACACCAUGGUACUCGCCUCAGGAAUGACUCUACCAAAGCCUUGUAGCCUUGGCCAUCUCGAAGGCACAACUAGCAAUGUCUUCCACCGUUGGCCUUGGCCAUCUCGAAGGUCCAACUAGCAAUAUCUUCCACCGUUGGUCUUGGCCAUCUCGAAGGCCCAACUAGCAAUGUCUUCCACCGUUGGUUAGAAUGUUGAUGGACCUUGUGAAUUACCACUAAUGUUGAGUUAUGUGUUAGGCAUAUCUUCUAAUGUCUGUGAUAUUAUAUACAUUAUUUUUGUAAAAUGUUGACAAAUGUUGAUAGGCCACAUAUGCAGCUUGGAAGCCGCCAUUUUGUAAGUUGGCCUGUCAUGACAAUUUAGACAAGAGGCUGCCUAAAAAAGCACAAUAUGUCUGCCCUGUCCCGUCUGAUUUAUCUACUGGACGUUGCUGAACAUGUAGCAAAAAGUAGCAUUUAGGUCAAGUGAAUCAGGGGACCUCCCACCCCUAGAUUUUUGUACCAAGUGGCUUCCAAGACCGAGGACCAUAAUGACAAAUGUUGAACAGUAACGGCAAGAAUUUGGCAAAAGGAGCUUAAACACACCUGUCAAAUGAUAAUGCAUUAUAUAAUCCUCAAGAGCUGGAAAAACGAAGCCAUUGUUGUACUAGAUUUCAGCAUGUAUAGUAUUUUGUUCUUGGCUUUGCAAACACUACAACUAUCCAAUGACUGGCUGACCUGAAUGGAUAAACAUCACGUGUUCCAGUU